AUGAAGCAGGCCAUCAACAACGCACUCAAGACAAACAAACUGGACCUCCACGGGUUCCACAUGGCCACUGUCAAGAAGACGGUGCCACUAGUGCUACAGCACUGGUGGGAUGAAGAGCUACGUGAAAGAGGCAGGCAUGGCACCGAGGGCUCCACCAUCAAGGCCAGGCACGUUGAGCCCUUGACCAUCGUCACGGGCCGUGGAAUCCACAGCGACGCAGGCAUCCCCAAACUGAAGAAGCUCGUGGGGAGAAUGCUCAUGAGCGGGCCAUGGCAAUACGACGAAGAGUCGUCGUACUUUGUCGUCUACGGUAACAAAAGAGCAGUGUGA